CAAAUUCACCCUCUCAGAUCAACAAUGGCCACAGCCCAUGACACCCUUUUUCUUUUUCUCUCUAAAGCCUCAUAAAAAGCACGCCUGCUACCCAAAAUCUUCAACCUUUAUGCCAAAAGUUGCGAACUUUACCAAAGAAAAUGAAGAGCCUUUACUUGCCUGUUCUUCUCUUUCUAUUCCAUCUCUUUUCAAUCUCUGGCAUGUCGGCUCCUGCAAAUGUGUCUUCAACUUGUCCCGAGGAUCUCAACUAUGUUCUCAGAAUCCCAUGGAACACCACUUAUUGCCGCAACUAUGACCAUCUCAACACCACCACCACCAACACCAUCACAAACUUCAAGAACCCAUGCUGCCAAAGUCUCUUAUCUCUCUUUGGUGUGGCUCUGGCUCUGUAUCUUAAAGAAACUUCUAUGUUUAACUUACCAGAUGUCAACACCUCCAUUGCUUGUUUGCAAGAUUACCAGGCUAAGCUUUCUUCUCUCUCUUUGCCUGACAAUUUGGUGUCUUUGUGUUUUGACCCUCUACAGUUUGUGAGCACUCCUAAUGUGUGUGCAAGUAUCGAGACUCUUAAAGAUUGGGAGUUCCAUCUGGGUACGUCAACUCAGCUUGAUUUGUCUUGUAAACGUGAUCUUACUGAUCUUAGUUUUUGUGAUGCUUGUGUUUCCGCUGGUUUUAAAGUUCAGUCUCAGUUGAUUGCCAUUGAUGGAAAUAGAAGUCGUGCUAUUGAUUGCUUUUACUUUGCUGUUCUCUAUGCUGCUGGUAUGGUUAAUGAAUUUGGCCCUGAAAGUGAUGGAGCUUUGUCAUGUAUUUUUGGGUUGGCAUUAAACUCUAAAGUGGGUUCAACAAAUAGGGGUCAUUCAGCUCUCGUUUUUGGUUUGACUGGAGCUGGGGUUGCAAUUUUUGUGAUGUCUAGUUUGUUGGGUUUGUAUUUCUGGUGUGAUAAGAAAUUGAGGAGAAGAUUUUAUGGUACUCGUUUGGAUUCUAGUUAUUCUUUAGAGGAACAAGGGUCUAGGCCAAAAUUGAGGCCAAAUACUGGUUCAAUUUGGUUCAAGAUUCAGGAUCUUGAGAGGGCAACUGAUAACUUUUCGCAUAGGAAUUUUAUAGGGAGAGGCGGUUUUGGCGUUGUUUACAAGGGGGUUUUGAAAGAUGGGACUACGGUGGCUGUUAAAGAGAUAAUUGAGUCAGAUUUUCAGGGUGAUGCCGAGUUUUGUAACGAGGUUGAGAUUAUUAGCAAUUUGAAGCACAGGAAUCUUGUGCCUUUAAGGGGGUGCUGCGUGAUUGAUGAGGAUAGUCCAAGUUAUGACAAGAGAGGUAAUCAGAGAUAUCUUGUUUAUGAUUUCAUGCCUAAUGGAAAUCUUGAUGAUCAUUUAUACCCUUCUCUAAAUGAUAAAGUUGGCAGCACUAAAAAGGCAUUGACUUGGCCUCAAAGGAAGAGUAUAAUAUUAGAUGUUGCAAAGGGGUUGGCUUAUUUGCACUAUGGAGUGAAGCCUGCAAUUUAUCAUAGAGAUAUUAAGGCCACAAAUAUACUGUUAGAUGCUGAUAUGAGAGCAAGAGUGGCUGAUUUUGGCCUUGCAAAACAAAGCAGAGAAGGGCAGUCCCAUCUUACAACGAGAGUGGCAGGAACUCAUGGGUACUUGGCCCCUGAGUAUGCACUUUACGGACAAUUGACUGAGAAAAGUGAUGUUUAUAGCUUUGGGGUGGUUGUUUUGGAGAUAAUGUGUGGGAGAAAAGCUCUGGAUUUGUCUUGUUCAGGGUCUCCACGUGCAUGUUUGAUCACUGAUUGGGCUUGGUCAUUAGUGAAAGCUGGAAAAGUAGAGGAUGUUUUGGAUGCUUCUUUGUUGAGAGGGGGGGAUUCUGUGAAUUCGAAUCCUAAGGCAAUAAUGGAAAGAUUUCUGUUGGUUGGUAUAUUGUGUGCUCAUGUCAUGGUAGCUUUGAGGCCUACCAUUGCAGACGCUCUAAAAAUGUUGGAAGGUGAUAUAGAAGUCCCGCCACUCCCUGAUCGGCCAAUGCCUCUCGGGCAUCCUUCAUUCUAUGGUGAUGGUAAUGCUUUCAAUAUCUCACCAUCACUUAACGGGCCACAGUUACGUCCUGGAGAUAUGCUCAGAAAAUGGAUUGUUUGAGGGACUUGUACAUAGAACUGGCACUCUUGUACCUCAUUCAAAGAGGCCUGAGAAUGAGCCAGCCUUUGUAUGGUAGGGUUUAUUGCUGUGUUGGAAAGCUGUAAUCUUAUGGCGGCCUGACUGCAACCAAAUUGAGGAUGGCUUGAAAAACUCAUUAAUCUGGUGAUUUGCCAAGGAAAGAAGUAUUACUCUCAGUUUGAUUUUCAACAUGAUGAAGGGAAAUGUGAAAAUGACCACACUAAUAGAAGUGUUCUUAUCUGUUGUUUGAUCUUGUCAGUAAACCAGGCUCCAUAGAUUAUCUUUGUAGUUAAGAUUUUCAGAAAUCAAACUGUACUGUUACAAAUUCGACUGUAAAUAUCUUUAGAUUGUCUUUUUUUCUCCUGAA